AUUUUUUGUGUGACCUGUGAACGACAUAAGCCCGGACGUGAUGAGAUUGAAAUAGUUAUCAACGAGACACAGUCCAAAAUCUGGAAGUGCCCUGAAUGUCCAUUUGGCCAUGAACCAAAUGUUAAGUGUGGAGCUAGUGUUAACAGCAGUGUGCAUAUUCAGUGUGUUGAGUGUGUAGAAGGGCAUACCUUUUCUGAUUCACAUGGAUAUGCACCGUGCAAGAAUUGCCAUAAGUGCGUAGAGAAUGAAGAAAGAUCUGGAUCAUGUUCAAAGGAAGAGGAUACAACAAAGUGCCUACGAACAUGCCUCAAGGGCUUCUACUGGGAGAGUGCAUCAUGUCAGCCAUGUAGUAAUUGUUGUGGAGAAAAUUAUCAACAUGAAAAACAAUGUGAAAAUGCAGGUGUUCCAACUAAUCAGCAGUGUCGGCAAACAGUUGAGUGCCAGCAUGCCCCAAUAAAUGCAAGCCAUCUUGGUGACAAACAAAGGCAAGAGGAUCAAAAUGAUUCCCAGAGGAAGUCUCUCUCCACGCUGGAAGUUGUAGCCUUGGGAAUUGUUUCAGCUGUGUUGAUAGUCACUGCAUUUUUGAUAGUGGCUCUCUUAGUGAUGUGGAGGUUACAUGGUUGGCAGGAAACUAAACGUAUCCUUAAGAGAUACUUUUGUUCCUGCUGCCCUUCUGCAAUCUCAAAUGAUGAAGUGGCUGGCCAGUUUGACAAUGAAGUUUUUGAUCCAGGUAACUUUGAGCCAACUACUUGGAGAGAAUAUGAGAUGCAAAAAGAGGAGGAAACAGACCAGAUGGGACCCUUGAAAUCAGGUGAUUUUGCUUCAUUCAUUUAUACAGAUAGUAAAGCAGGAUGAUUGAGGGGGUGACUUGAAUUUUUUAAAGUUGAAAAAAGGAUGGCAAAAAUUUCUGAGGACAGAAAGGGGAAUGUAUUUUUUUAACUACAGUAUAAGCACCCAGCAAGACCUGUAGAUCUAUACUGCCAUAUAUCGGCUUUACUGGUAUUUGCUGCUGAAAAAGGUGGGGUUUUUAAGUAGAAAUCAGAGGCACUUUGUUGUACAUAGUAGACUACAGGUACUGAAAACAAAUUCUAUUAUAAUUCUAUUAUAAGCUCCCCACACCCAGAUACUGUAUUUUCCCUAAAUUUUAGCUCAGCAGCUAUCAUGGACCAUUCUUGAUCCAUAAUGCUAAAAAUAUGCACCAAAGGAUCACUCCCCUGGUGGUAUUACUUUUCCCAGUGUUUAGAAUUAUUGCUAUGGAUCAGAGGGUAAGUUUUGAAGUAGACAGUUUAAGGACGGCUUGGCAAUAUGAGUGCUGUAGGUAAUUAUUUUGUCCUGUCCUCCACUUUACCCAUUUUUCCACCAAAGGUAGACAGCUCAGACCUCAAUAUAGCUAGUUUUUUAGCCAAUUGCUGGCACUUUAAUGAAAACCUAGUGAAUAGACCUUUAAUGUAGCUCUUCCUUUUCUUUUAGUUUCUCAAUCUGCUGGCAAGAGGCCUGCUUUCCAGCGGUCAGUAAGCUCAUCAGUUCCAGCUGAAUCACAACUGAAAGUAGAAUCAGUCAUUCCUAGGUCACAUUCCCACCCAGGAUGUCUUGGAAAACUUGGGAAGGAGCAGAUGACAGAGAACCAACCUGCAGCUGUCCCAAAGAAAACUCGUAGGAAGUGGAUGAGAUCCAAGAAAUUGGAAAAGAAUGGAUAUGGUUGGUUCUUUUGGUUCUUAAAAUAGAAACCUUUUCCAUAGUUCCUUAUUUUACGUUGUAGCAGUAUGUUUACAGUGAAGUGAUAACAAAAUAUACUGUGUAACACAAAAGGAGGAAGAAGAAAAAAAGACAAAGGAGGGAACUCGAUUUAACAUGUGUACAUGUAUUAAGGAUAUCACUUAACUAAAGCUUGAAACUGAAGUACAUGUAAACAUUAGUUUUUCAAAAGUAUUUUCAUUGUAGGAACAGAAAACACAGUGGAGGUAAAAAAAAAGUAUAUUCCAACCUAUAUUUUCAAUCUUUACUUUCUGUUAAUAGUUGCUGUACCGACUGAUCCAGAUCUUCCUGAUGUUACAUUUGAGGGAACAGCUGAUAUGCCCAGUAUGUAUUUAGUUAAUGCUUCCCAAAAAUUAUCCCCCUUUGGACAUUUCCACAACAAGUUCAAACAAGAAGUAAAAAUUAUAUUAUAGCGGGGUGUCCUAUGGGGGGGGGGAGUUAUCAAAAAUAUUUUACAUGGGGAGGCUCUGCCCCAAGGUCCAACCCCUUAACUUAGUUAUAUACCACUUUUGGCAAAAAAGGUUCCCCUUUCGUAUACCUUCUAGUUACAAAUGGUACCCCUUUCAAAUAACUGGGUUCGAACUUUGCAUCCCUUUUAACCUCUGUAAAUAAACUGUCUUUAAAUAUGAAUAAAUCACAAAACCAGAGCAUCUUCUCAACUUUCAAGCAGGCAUAAAAUGCAGCUGUUUAAUACCCCUUUUGGCCCUUUUUAUGUACUGAAAUGACAGUUUUCCCCACCCUUUCAUAUAUUUUAACUAAAAGGUUCCCCUUUCCGGUGUAGCCUCCACAUAUUUAACAAUUAAUGAAUGAGGCUGAGUAGAGCUGAGUUCAACUUCGUCCCCAGGUCUUCUCGGUUAACGGCGCAUUAACCUGCAUAGCCUGGGACCAGGCUCCGCAGUGGGUGAAAAAGGCAAAACACGGGUUCAAAUUUAUUAGCCUGCGUUGCUGCCGGCCCACCCACUCGUCUAAACCUGUAAUAUAGUCCAUACAGAAGGCUUAGAGCGUCUGCAACGCAAGGUCAAAUAGGAAUUGGGGAGGACUACCUCUUGGCUCGCUUCGCUCGCCAAUUUUUUUCUUCUCCUCCCCCCAAUGCGGAGCCUGGUCCCAGGCUAUAACCUGCAAGGAAGCUGCCCUUUUUUACGUCAUCAGUUGAUUGGUCGCAAAAUUCUUCCAAAUUUGGUCGUUAGUAGCUGGUUACUGGUGAAUUAUGCGUGUGCUUUUAGCCAAUCAGAAUAGGGGAAAUAUUUUUAAUGAAUAAUAAAGGCCAUUAUCGGGAGUACACCCCGGUGUUGUCCUCAAGGCGAGAGUUGACUGUAUUCAGUAAAAAUCAACCCACCUUUUAAAGUUUAGUUGUCCUUUAGCGAAUUCUUGUCAGUUGUGAAGGAGGGAUUAUAUGUCAUCAUUUGUAACAAUACAGUGACUUAAGCACAUCUUCAUAUUUGUCAUUAACAGGAGGGAAAAAGCCUACAAACCCGCGUUCAUUCUUUGUUGGGCAACAGCACCAAAGUACUUCAACAACAGGCCUUGAUUACACUCAACAUACUACCACCACAGUAGCAUCAGUGCCAGAGCAUUUCCAGAGCAACCUCUUAAAAGGAAAAAUGGAAAAAAUCCCAAUUAAGUUUUAUAGUAAAAUUUGUAUGAAGCUGGACAAACUACGAGAUUGCUUUUGGGAUGAUUAUCGUUUGUUUGGUGAAACGAUUGGCCUUGACAAAGACAUAGUAACGUGCUUGGGUCAGAUUGGG